UUGAUAAUUCGCCACAUGGACGAUAACGCGAUAACAGUGAUAAGAGCAGCAGUGGCUGUGGCCUUGAGUCUACUGUGACAACACUUGCUAGCUCGCUUACCUCUUCUUCAGAAAUACAAACCACUUCUUCACUACCUCCAGGUAUGCCACGGGAGCUGACCCCAGCCCAGAUCUCCGAGGCUAAGGAAUGCUUCGCCAUCUACGGCAAGGAUGGCAGGUUACCUAUACAAGAUCUGGGCAACGCUCUCAGGUCACUAGCCAUCAACCCUUCCAAUGCUGAGAUUAAAAAUUUGAUCCAGGAAAUUGGCUCACCCUCGUCCAUCAACUUCGAUACAUUCAUGUCACUGCUGAGCAGAGACUUCACCGUGGAGACAGCAGAAGAGCUGCGUGAGGCCUUCGGAGUGUUCGACAAAGAUGGCAACGGAUACAUCUCAGCCUCGGAGCUGAAGCACGUACUCAUGACCAUGGGUGAGAAGCUAUCGCAGGAUGAGGUGGAUAUCAUGAUCCGUGAGGCAGACAUCGAUGGUGAGGGACACAUCCACUACGAGCAGUUUGUCCAUUUGAUGUCCCCGCCUAAGUAGAGGCAGACGAUGCGAGGCAUCAAUCACCUUUUACAGAGAAUAAGGAAGGGAUGGGAGGUAAUGCUGUCGAAGUAGAAGCACUCAAAUAUAUGCAAGGUGUAUGUUACUAAUAGCCUUACAAGUUGAAGCACCUUACUAAGAAUAAUACGAAAAAAACGACUAGCAUCAAAGUCUGUACAGUAUAAUGUAGAAACUAGCAUUU